AUGUUUCUGAGAACACUCGCUCGAGCUGGCGUUGCGCUAUUACUGGCAGCUAGCGUAUCCAUAACUCGCGCCGUCUCUCUUGUCGAGAACGAUCUUGAUACUACCGUGACCCGGGAAACGGGACACAUCGAGCUUCAAUCCGAGGCUCACAGUGCAACUGGUAUUCGUUUUGUCAAGAAUUCAGGAAUCUGUGAAACAACUCCGAAUGUUAACCAAAUUUCUGGUUAUAUCGAGGUUGGAACAAACAUGUCCAUGUGGUUCUGGUUCUUCGAGUCUAGAAACUCACCUAAAACAGCCCCAUUCACUCUAUGGUUGAAUGGCGGCCCUGGAUGUUCUUCUAUGGUCGGAUUGUUCCAAGAAAACGGGCCAUGCCUUGUGAAUGCCGACGGUAGUUCUACAGUUCUUAACCCCUACAGCUGGAACAGUGUUAGCAACAUGAUCUACAUUGACCAGCCAAUUGGAACCGGGUUUUCCCACGGCGAUGAAACGGUAAACAGCACGCAAAGCGCUGCGCCAUUUGUAUGGACUGCGUUUCAGGCUUUGUUCGAAAGCGAGCUAUUCUCGAAGUAUGCCAGUCGAGAGUUCAUCUUUGCCACGGAGAGUUACGGUGGUCACUACGGACCCGGCUUUGUAACGUACUUCGAAAAUCAAAACGCCUUAAUUACUAGCGGCAAGAUUAAAGCUGUUCCAAUCGUUGUCAGCGCCCUGAUGAUCAACAAUGGCUGGUUUGAUCCGCUCAUCCAUUACGUCUCGUACCUGAACUAUACGACAAAUGCCCCCGGCUAUGGAAAGCUCCGGCCAGACGGUGUACUCAAGAACAUGUCUAAUUUUCUUUAUGGUCCAAAUGGUUGCGUAGCGCAAGAGAAAGCCUGCUACGCUGCUGGAAAUUCCGCUGAAUCAAACAAGAUUUGCCAGGUUGCUGAUAAAUACUGUAUUCGAAAUGUCCUCUUGCUUGCUGUGGGAGAUUUCAACCAAUAUGAUAUCCGUCAAAAAUCUGAAGUAUUCCCCCCUGAAUACUAUGUAAAUUAUUUGAGUAAAAAGGACGUUAUGAAGAAGAUCGGUGCCGAGGUCGAAUACGGGGAAUGCCCAGACAAAAUCUAUAAUGAAUUUGCAAAGACAGGCGACGACGCUAGAACAUGGCUACCCCAGCUAUCAGCUCUAGUCAACUCUAAGAUGAAAAUUUUGAUUUGGAGCCAAGCCGCAGUUCUAGCGAUGGAUUGGUAUGGCAAGAAGACACUCCAUAAUACUCCAUUCACCAAUAUGACGCUCAAGGGCAAGGCUGUUGCAGCCGUGCAGAACGUCGACAACUUCUCCUUUGCACGGGUGUAUAACGCAGGACACAAAGUGCCUGCCUUCCAGCCCAAAACAGCUUUAGAAAUUUUCUCGCAGGUUAUUCGUAAGGAGCAACUUCAUUCUGUCUAAAGAGUGAAUUUGGGAGUACACAUCGUGAAUUGGUUAGAAGUUUUUGUAGGAAGGUUUAGCAAUAGCACACAUCACUGUAACUGUGUAAGUGCCUUGAUCGCACUCCGAAUGACCACAGUAAGCUUUAAGCUUGAGACGUAAUGGACUGAAGACUGAAACAAGGGGAAGAAUUCAAACAAACAUAUCGCAAUUGGUAUAGGCUCAACUAUAAGAACAGUUCGGCAGUGUAUGUUAUUUGAUAGAUUUUGAAAUGGCCUCACAUCUUCCAUAACCGUUUCCUUCUACAAACCCAUGCAAAAACGCACAUAGCCAUAGAAUAUGCACACAACAAACACAUUGCUUUCAUAUUACCCACGAACAUAGUCUGGAUAUUGAGGUUGAUCAAACCGGUGGCCACAUUUGA